UUAGGUUUAAGUAUGACAUUGAAUAAAUUAAUUUUGUGAUAAUAACAUGUAAAAAAUGAUAAAAUUAAUAAUUAUUCACUGUAAACCGAAUAAACCGGCACCUAAUUGGCAAUUAGUGUAACACUUGUCGGCUAUCACUCAAUGUUCGUUUUUUCAGACUUUCAUUAUUUAAGAGUUCCGUAGUUGAUGUGGCAAGCACAAUCGCCAAUACGCUUAUGCUAUACACAAUUAAUAAUUUUUCGUCGUCGUCGUGGUUAGUGGAUUAGUACCUACGCUUCCAGUUAUCCCUUUCAAUAAAUCACAAUAGUAAUUAAUAUUAAUCAAUGAUCCAUUGAUUGUAAGAUGUUUAGUGUGGUGGCAGUUCAUAAUGCGUUUCAAGAUGCUCUAGUCCAGGACAAAGAUGUUGGCAUUAAAAACUAUGUGUUAGCCUAUCAAGAACUUUGCAAAUUCUGUUCCCACCUCGGGGGCUUGUUCAGUUUCGUUGUCAACGAUCUAGAAGCUAAGAUCGGAUGCCUUAAUAAGCUAGUAACUGAAGAUGAGCAACAUUUUUCUACUGUACAUAGUAUGUUAAUCCAUGAGAUAUCCAAUAAAUUGGUGUUUUCUGGUUGUUCUGGCUCCGUGACGUUGUUGAGAUUGCAUCGCGGUCUUGAAUUUAUUAUUCUGUUCAUGUCUAAACUGCUUCAACUUCAACCUAAUGAUAGCACAAAACGCUCGGCUAAAGAAGCAUAUAGCCAAACAUUGGCUAAACAUCACACCUGGCUUAUUAGGAAUGGUGCUAUGUUUGCCAUGAAUUUUCUACCCUCUCAAAGAAUCUUGUAUAAUCAAACUAUUGGCGAUACUGCUUUAGAAGAAACUUUGAAUACAAUGCCUGAAAUGAUUUCCAAGGCCUCUAUGGUUCAUGAAAGAGUGAAUAACCUACUUUCAGACUUUGAAAUUCUGAAUUUACCGUAAAAACAUUCAAAUUGAAUAUGCUGUUAAGUACUUAAUUACUUGGUACUAUGUUCAAUUAAUAUAGCAGAUACUUUAUUUGAUCUUCAUUGAAAAGUUAUACAGUGAUAAUUUCCAUUGAUUAGCCAUUAAUUGAAAACAUUUGAUUAAACAUGAUAGUGUUUUCUUGGUCAUUAUAAAAUAAAUUCUAGCUUUACAUUCCUAUUAUUUACUAUGUUAAUCUAUUAAAGGAACUCAUAUGUUAUACCUAGAGUAACUUAUUUAGAAAUGUGAAGAAAAUGUUAAUUUCUAGUGCAAAGGCUCUUCAUUAUGAACAGCUUAUUUAACAAUUUAUAUAUUCAAUCUUAGUACACUUAAAUUUUCAAUGUUUAUAAUAAAAAGAUGUGUUUGAUAUCCAUUAAAAAAAAAAUUAAGUAUUGGAACACUUGUAAAUGUUCAUGAUAAAAAGCUUAAGUAGUUUUAUAAUGACCAAAAAAAA